GGACGAGAAAGAACGAUUAUUGGUUAACAAAUUUACCUAAUCGCAAACUCAAAUGUCUGCAACAUCAAACAAGCAAUUUAAGUCAAGGCACUAGGACCGGAAGUUCUUUUCCCUCAGUUGAAGAAAUUAAAGAGUGGGCACCUGCACAAAUUGCUAGUUUCUUAGAGUCUAGAAAUUUAUAUCUUACGAAUAGUGAUAUCGAAAUUAUCAAGAAAAAUAGUAUCGCCGGUGAAGACUUUCUUCUCUUGAAAGAAAAUAAUCUCUAUCGAAUUGGAUUACCUAUUGGUCCAUCCAGAAGAAUAAUACAGUUAAUUAAGAAAAUUUUGAAUACUAAUCUUGUACAUGUAUUUAUUGAUAAUUCGAAUAUCUUGAUUGAAGGAAAGUACACCGUUGGAAACCUCGAGCGUUCAAUGCAGACGCAAACUAGGUGGUGCGCCAUUUUUGGUCGGUCCCGACCGCCUCCUAAUGAUUCAUUAUGGGCCCGCAUUAGGGAUCAAGACUUUGAGGUGAAUAUAUUUGAUCGAGACAUCAGAAGCCACCGUGAAAAGAAAGGCGAUACAGAACUUGUAAUAUCAGCAACAGAAACAAUUAUGUUCAAUGAUCCUGGUGUUUUAGUUCUGAUUGCCGGUGAUAGAGAUUAUAGACCUCUAGUAAAACAAGCACUGAAACACAAUUGGACUGUGGAGACAUGGUUUUGGAAUUCAGGAGUUUCUAGUCUCCUUAAGUCAGAUACGAAUUUUCAAUCUUUGGAUAAUUGUUAUCGUUCCUUCUCAUAUGGAUUAGGUCCUGAUCUCACUGAGAAAAACAAAGUUCUUGAGGUUACUGAUGGUAAUGUCAUUCAAAGUUUGAAAAAUGAAGAU